AUGCAGAGCAUGCACCUGCGGCUGAAGCACCCGAAUGACUGUCUGCUUCAGGCACCAGUCGUUCCCCUGGACAUCCGGGCACAGAGUCUGCUUCAAAGUCGCUCUCUGGAAAUUAUCGAUCGUUUACGACCGGUGCAGCAGAACAGGGAGAAGCACGGCCAAUGCCCCUGCGACAGCCAAAACCGCCGGCAAAAGGAGGUGCAGAGGAGGAAGCGGCACCGGAAGAAAAAAGAAGCAUUGGAGGAAUUGCCGCCAACAGCAGCAGAAGAAGAGGCGCCAGCAGACCCAUCAGAACCGCCACCGAAAUCGCCACCACACAGCGCACUGCCAUCCUCAACGGAAGUUCCAGCGACCAUGAAGCCAACAGAAGAUCUGCAGAAAAGGCACUGA